AUGAGAACUGGUGCACUAAUAAGCUGUUGCUUACUAAUAUUUAAUAAUGUGUGCUGCCAGAGUGGGAGUGAACAGAAAUGGGUAGACCCGCAGCACACUUGGUCGCAUUUCGCCACGGAUUUCGAUCAGGCUCAUGGCGAGUACUGCCUCCCGUGUGAAUGUCCGGAAACGCCACAGAAGUCUCCGACUGCCAUUGAGGAUGCGAUGUCGCUAACGUAUUUUAAGAAAUUUGUAAACCAACUAUUUCAACGCAAGCGUUUGCAGUACGAUGCUACCGCAACGCUUUACAAGCGAUCGCUGCUGUUCUCGUUGCUUCCGUCCCAAUUAGAUGAGAUAAAGUCAGUACAAGAUGCUCGCGAUUUGGACAUUUUGCUCACCAAGAUACUGGAGAGGGCAGAGGAAGCUCCACUUGUAGAAGGUGCAUUCGGCUGCAACUAUGCAGAUCAGGGACAGGGCGUGUGGGCCUUAGUUAAGGAAAUUUUCAAGGAUUUUAUACAACUGUUGAAAAUUUCCGAGGUGCAAUUUUUGCUUUUUGUGGCGCUGGCUGCCGUAGCUGUCUGCAUUGUGCGUAAACGCUUCCGUUUCCGGCUAAUCACCAUUGUGUUAGGAGGCAUGCUGCUAUGCGGAUACUUGCACACAUAUUUGGAGUGUAAUAGAAAAUUGGAAGUUGAGGCUAUGUUGGAGGUUAUCGACAGUUACCAGGAGCCGCGGAGCUACGAUGAAAUGUCCUGGAUGCAGCGACUGAAGACUUUUGUGGUCAGGUCUUCACCGGAGCAGGACCAAAAGGAGAGACUGAGAAAAUCAUCAAAACUCAAUCUGACAUACUGCCUACCAGAUCAUGUCUUUAUUAUGUAUAUGAACGAUCUGUUUCUAAAGCAGCUGGAAAUGCUGUUGGAGAAGGUGUCGCAAACCAUGACAAAGCUAUCCGCUGGCUUGCCCUUCCCCUAUAGCCUCAUUUCACCCAUAUUUUUGGUGGUUCUGGUGGCGUACAUAAUCAAGCUCACCUUUAAAUACGUCAUUAGUCCCAGAGCUUGGGCUAGACUACUUCAUAGCAGACCAGGCCAUACCGACUCUUCGACAACGGCUCAGCAUUUGACCGCUGGGAAAGAGGCUGCAAGAGAUUAUAUAUCGGGUGAAAACCUGAAAAUUCUGUUGAACGUGAUAAGCGAUACACGACAGAGUGUCAACCCACAGCGACCAGCAGUAUCGGGCGUCCAGGAGCUAGUGGAACCCCUGGAAGCGCCAUCCGCAACAGACAAAAACGAAAAACUAAAUGUCAGCAACAAGAGCAACAGCAGCAGCGACAGCAAAAGUCGAAGCAUCACCGAGGAUGGAUUCACAGUGGUGGAUGACCACGAGGAGGAUGAGAUUCAUAAUAUCUAGCAGCUAGCUGCAAACUUUACUUUGUACUUAAAGCAUAUUAAGUUUGUCCGUGAUCUUUUUUAGCCAGUUUUAAAUUGGAAACCUAGCAUAUAAGAAUAAUUCAUUUUGCAGUUGAUUUGUCAUAGUUAAAGAUUGUUUAUUUAAAUUAUUUUGCGUGUUCUUAUUCUCCUGUUCACGAUAACUGUAAUUAAGUUUAAAUCUUCAACAAUAAGAUCGUUUUUGAGUAGGCCACCAACUCGUCUCUAUAUAUUAUUGCAUGUUUUGAAUAUGCUGCAGGCCGGGCCACUCCCAAAAAUUGGAUAUACUUUACUUUCUAUGUAAUUUGUUGAACAUUUUGUAUUUACAAUGUGGCGCUGAGCCGUUCCGUUCAUUUUUCUUAUACGCAGUGGGCCGCAUUGUGUCGCACUGUGUGAGUUGCAUAUUAAUUGAAUGUAAGCGAAAUUUAAAUAUGUAUUCGGUGUUUUCGAAUCAUGUAAAAACUAGUUCAAUAUGUAUACAACUAAUAUUUUUGAUAUACAUAUUUGUAUUUAAAUAUCUAUGUAUAUAGAUCUAUAUGGUGUGUGUAUAAUAUAUAUAUUCGUAGGAAAAAAAUUAGAAAAAGAAUUUCGGUGUAAAUAUAUUUAUUCGUUGUAUUUUAAAUCAUGCACUACCCUUAAAAUUGUAUUAUACUUUAAUUACACUUCAUUGUUAUAUAAAUAUUUAAUAAUAAUAACUAUGCAACUAGGU